AGGCUUGGUUCCAUGCUCAUGUAAGUCCAUAAAGGCUUCCAUUAUUUUCAGCAGCCUUUGCUUGGUCUUUGUAUCACCAGUAUUGCCCAUUAACUGGCAUAGUGUCUCUCUGGGACUGAAGGUACCUCUUAAGGUAAAAAAGGGAAAUCCAAUAUUUACAUAUAUGCAAGUGUCUGCACUUACAUACUGCAAUCACUUUCUUAAAAUCUAUUCACCGCCUUUUUUUUUUGGUCAUCUUCCCCUCAGGACUCCAUUAAGUGGCUUCCCAAGUCUCCUAAACUGUACAGUGGCCAUAACUGGAGCUCCCAGGGCUCUCGCUGGGCCUCGUUGAAAGGAAAGGAAAGUUUUCGUGGUGGUAACCUGUACAAAUUCAGCUCUUCUAGUGGAAGAUGGAGGGAAGGAAGGAGCAGUCCUGAGCAAGAAGCAGAGGAACUCGAGGAUCCUGAUGAUGAACCUAUUUCCAAGUUUUCCGGCAGUCUCUUUGAUAGCAACGGUGGCAUGAGAGAUCAAAGAAAUACCAGAACAACUCUUCAAGAAAAGCACAAGUUGGCAAUGAAAGGGAAGACUCCUCCAGGGACUAACACUAAGGUGCAGCCAGCUGCCUCCUCAGCAGGCAGCUUCCCCAGCGAGAGCGGCCGGAUCCCAGAGGAAUUGAGGGUGAUGGAUGUGCCACAGACCCCGCUGAAGGUAACCAUUACUGUGUGCAGUCCAAUGGGGAGCCUUGGUAUUAGCAUUGCUGGUGGAAAGGGCUCACCCUCAUGUAAAGACAGUGAUGAGGGGAUCCUGAUUGCACGGCUGCCAAAAGACAGCCCAUCAGACUUGGCUGGGGUACAAGCAGGAGAUAGAGUGGCUGAGGCUACCUUCGUUUCAGAACCUGCUGUCCUUGAUGCUGGUCCCACUGAAGCUUCACCCAAGGGCAGCCCCUUCCCGACAGUAAACCACAUCAUAACAAUACCUCGGAUAAUCCUCACGCGCCCUUCCACUUCUGAUGAAGAUACUGACCAGUUGCCCCCAGACCCUGAUGACUUUGAGCCUGAGGAGCCUGGCAACGCAGGAGGCCAUGCUUAUUCGGACUGUCUGAGCAGUGCUUUUUAUCCUCCCUAAUAAAGUACUUUUCUGGAAAGAGUUAAUGGGUGAUUUUCUUUCCCAUUGUUUGAUUACAUUUAAUGUAGUACUUGAACCACUAUGCCUUAUUUACAGUGAAAACCAUCAAAUGGAGGACACAUUUGAGCUGGGGGAGCAGAACCCUGUUUGUAUUUCUUUGCCUUGAACUUUCCUUUGGCCAGCACUUGAAACAAAAUGCACUGGGUAAAGUUAUGUGAAUGUCACCAUGUGUUUCAGUAUCCAUUUGUAAGGGUGUCCUACAGCACCUAAAUGCAAUAGUGAAAAAAGCAGGUGAUUUUUAUUCAGAAGGUACUUUACCCAUUUGGAAACACAGUGAAAACAAUUGUAUAGUUUCUGGGGUUUUUUAAAAUUUUGUGUCCAUGUUUUGUCUAUACAGCUCAUCCUUUUAUCUGCCCCCAUGUUCUUUUGAAUUGUCCCUUUUAAUGUUGUUUUCUAUGAGAAUUAAAAAAACAAAACAACUAUCUCUGUCUUUAAUAGUGCUGGGGUUUUUUACCCACAGAGAAAUGUUAUUUGUGUUGGAAUUCUGUAUCUCCUUGUAAUGUAAUAAAGAAUAGUUUCUCCAGGUAUAUCAGUAAUGUGAAUGUAUAUCAGAUUUGAACAAGACCUGUAAGUUGCAUUUUAUUAGAUCCAAAUGCAGAAGGUACCUUAUGCAACUAUGUACCUGAGAGUGAACUGAGAAGCAAUUUCUUAUGCUUGAGGAACUGCCUGAGACUCUUUUAUUUCUCCUCCGGACUUGCAUAUAAGCAGAACACCUUUAAUUUGCCUUACUGCAGUAUGCCAGUAUUUCAUGUAUAUAUGUGUGUGUAUGUAUAUACAACGUAAGCCUUUAAGAGAAAAUGUUCCUGUACAACAGUGUUCAAUCCUUUAAUUCUCUUCUCUGCUAUUCAGAUUUCUAGUGUAUUUUGAGAUGUUUAAUAAGAAUUUGUGGGGUUCCAAGGUACUGCCUUAACUCAGAGGUAAGGUCUGGCCCUGCUAGACUGGAAUGUCAUUACUUCCUUUUCAUGUACAUAAAGUGUGCAUUGAUGGUUUUUAUGAUGUUUGUACAGUUUCUUUUCCUGUAAAUAUAAUAUAGUACAACUCUGACCUGGUAAAUCCACAUCUUUUAUUCACAUUCUGAAAGGUUUCUCAGGUGAUAAUUCAUAUAUAACUUCAAUGAAUGGUGGCAUCUGGCUUUUCCAGAAUUAUGAAGUUCCCAGAGUCUGUCACAGAGUUAGAACAAUAUCUCCUACUGACAAAAUGGAUAUUUUAUUUUGAAAAGAUAAGUUUGAAAUAACGCUAUGAUAUCAAGUCAACUGCAUCCACUGCGGCUUUUUCAUUAUCUUGUACAUCUGCAUUUUAAUUGAAGAUAGCAAUAGGAAUAUUAAGCUAGUUUCUUUCAUUUGCAAAAUGAACAUCUUAGAAUCUGCUAUGACUUUAAUAUUAAAGACUGUGUUAGCAUAAGCGUUAUCUUAAAUGAUGUUGAUAAACGAAACAAUAAUUAAAAUGUUUGCUUCCCAUGCCUUUUCUUCCUCCAAAAUAAACAGAGUUCUUCCACCACGA